AUGUCGGACACAAGUCGGCCAACAUCUCGUUGGUUAUCAUCAGUGCCGACGAGAGUAAAAUCCAAUAAUAAUCCAACGAGACAAGCCAUACCAUUAAUAUUAGCCCGAAGAAAAUUACUUCGAUCAGCAAAAAAUCAUCAACAAACAUUUGCACAACGUAUGGCAAAAGUAAAGCAUGAUACAGAAGAAUUAUAUCAAUUAUACUAUUCAAAUAAUAUCAAAUUUGACACAUUUCAGCAACAAAUUGUUACUGGAACACGUAUUUCCUCUUUACAAACAUCACCAACUUCAUACCAUCGUUUAAAUGCGAUUUCAACGAACACUUUUGAUUCUCGACAUUGUGUUAGUCGUGAACAACUGAGUCAAUCAGAUAUGUGUAAUGAUGAAAAUCAAGUAUCAUACGAUGAACAAAAACAAUCACCAGUGCCAGUGAAACGUUCAGUUCAAGUUCGAAUUGAUAACAAUCCAACGACUGCACCAUCGACUCCUACAGCAUCAUCUCGUUCUUCCUCGCCAGAAUUUAGAAUAUCUAUAAGUUCGAAUUCUAAUUUAAAUACGCUAGAUAAUUCUUCAUUCAUGCGACAAGAUGAAUUUAAUGAGUCGACAUUGAAUAAGAAGAGCAGCUUUUUCGUAGAUCCUCCGGCUGACUCUUUUGAGGAUCAUAGUAUAAAAGCAAGAAAAGCAGCUAACAAUAUACAGUCACUAUCAACAAAAUUAUCAUUAAUCAAUUUACAUUCGCUUCCUCAAUCGACUACUUCUCUAGUAAAUAGCAAAAAAGAUCCAAUAAAUACAUCUUAUUCAUCAUUUUCAACGAUCAAUUCCCUUGAACAACAAAAUCCACCUCAUAUUCUUACGGGUAGAGCAGUCACAGCUCAUCAACGAUUGUCAGUACAACAUAAACAACGAGCAAAUACAAGUAUAACUACGUCUACAAAUUCAUUUUCUCGACGAACUCCAUUGAAGCCGAGUCCACCAUCAUCUCAAUCUUCUAAGCGUGAUUCUCCUGUAUUCAUUGGUGCACAACGUGUCGUAUCGAUUCCAUCGAAAUGCAGUCGCUAUGUUCUUGUUACGUUUCCACCAUCUCCUAUUCGUUAUAAUACUCCGACAUACGUUGAACGCUUAUUAUUGCCUGAACGUUUUCCGACCUUGUUUCAAAAUAUAGUACAUAGUCAUGAACAAAACCGACAUAAUAAAUAA